GUAAUUAAUUAGAUUUGUUUUAUAAACUACGUAGAACAUUAUUAGUGUUCCAAAGUGGAAGAAUAUAUAUUAGGGUUUAACCUUUCUCUUUCUCUUUCAUAUCUGGAAUUUGAAAGCUAUGCACUCGUGAAAAUUAUCACAUUGGGGAAUUCAAUUUCAUGUCUACCUGUUGAGAUCUUCUAAGUUUCAGCUACUCGGUGAGCAUAUGGACGGUUAUGCAUUUGAUUCAAUGAUUUGCUUGUGCAAUAUAUUUAUGCAUGGCCCUGAUGUUAUUUAUUAGUCAGAGGUAGUGUCCCUAUUGAAGUUUGUCUUUGAGAUGUCUGCUCGAGGUAAUAAUGGUACUCAGGCUGGGCAGGUAGGUCUUACUUCUGGACCCGCACAACACUUGCCUCCUCCUCCCCCCCCCUCCUCCUAUACACCCUCCACCACCACCUCCUCAUUUUCCCCAGAAUGCCCUUUGUGCUCCAACAGGACCUAUAAUGCAGAGUAGUCUUCAACUACUUGAAUCAUCAGUAGUUCAUCCCAACCCUCUUGUAUAUCAGCAUAUCCACAGUGGUGUAACUCGGAAUUUCCAACCUCAACAACUUCCAACUAGUGGAAUCCAUUCCAGUCAAUCUUGUUUGAUGCCCAAUGUGCCUCCCCUCCCUCCAUCUGUCCAACUCCAUCAAAGUUCUAUCAUGUCCAACUCCUAUCAAACUUCCUUAUGGAGUUCACAGUGGACUCCAAAUGUGCAUCAUAAUCUGCCUGCAAGUGCUCCAAGAGCUCCCAGAGUGUUUCCCCAACCACCCCCACCUCAAAUACAAAUAGAAACACCAACACCAUAUGGAGCUUCAGGCCAGAUGCUGUUACCAGUACCUGGUAACGGUCAGGCUUUUCAGCAUGCAGCACCGUCUGACCUUAAGAGCACUGUUUUUUCACCAUCACCACAUAGGACAUCAAGUGGUCCACUUCCUCCUCCACCCCCAUCUUUUCCUGCAGAAGCCCCACCAAUUCCAGAAUCUAUUUCACCCACUACUUUUCCUGCCACUCCAAAUUCAGCACCUAUGGAGAAGUAUUGUAGUUUGGCCAAUAAGUUAGAAAGAAGUUCUGGCACGUCUACAAGUAUUGUUAUUGAUGGAAUAGCCUCUGCCUCGGAAAGUUAUAGCUUAUCUUCAGUUUGUAUGAAUGAAGGCCCCCAAGAAGAAGCGGAAGGAACCAGACACACAGUAAAAUUGUCAGUAAGUGAGAAUCUAAUAUUGGAUUUUGCUACUUCGUCCCCUAAGCAUCUUGAUAGAGAAACACAACAAAAUUGUGAUGUUUUGGAUGUUCAUGCUUCAUCCCCUAAGCCCCUCAAUGGGGAAAUGUCUAACAAAAGUGAUGAUCAUGGAGAUUACAACACAUCAAGGGGGGUAUCAGAAAUGUGCUCUUCACUUCAAUCCAUUGAGUCAGUAGAUGCUGGUGUGUCCUAUUCCCCUACCAAUUCUGAUAUGGAAAUGGAAGAUGAUAUCACACAUCCAGAUGAAGAACAGAAUGUUUACUCAUUUUGCACUCCAUAUAAGGAGUGUAUUUCUCUACCAAAUAAACUUUUCGUCGAGGAGCAGUUCCAAAAAGAAGCAAGCACAGCUGAAUGCGGCUUAGCAGGAGACACAGAUGAAGACCGAAAAGCCAAGGCGUCAUCUCCUAGACUCGAUCAGUCAGUUACUAGUCCAAUUAGAAGUGCUGCAGAAAUACAAGACUCUCCCUUACAUGAAAGUUCGGGCAAAGCUAAUCCCGCGUUGGGUUUGAGAAAGUGUACUAAGCUUGCUGAUGGCCCUGGUCCAUUUAGUCUUAUCCAAGGCUAUUCAUCUGAUGACAGUUUAGACGAUGAUAAUAAUGAUGGGUACCAGAUUGAAGUGAAAACCAUAGUGAAUUAUGAUGCUGGUAAAUCAUCUGAGUGUCCUGCAUCACGAAGAUUGGUUAGUGAAACUGAUACGACAUGCAACUUUCUAGAGCAUGGUGAAGAGAAUCCUCCCAGAGAUGCUGACACUAAUACCACUUUAGAUAUUCUUGAUAUCCCAAGGGAGGAGGAUGUGAAAAAUACAUCUGCUUUGGUGAAGAUUGAUGAGUUUGGUAGACUAGCCAGAGAAGGGAAAAGUGACAGUGACUCUGGGAGGGAUUCACCGCGUUACGGAAGGACUCGAGGUAAAAGAGAAAAGAGCCGGAGUCGAAGCCGUUCUCCAUAUAAAAGGAGGCAGAGUCCAAGGCGGAGUCCAAGGCGGAGUGCAAGACGGAGUCCAAGACGGAGUCCAAGGCGGAGUCCAAGGCGGAGUCCUAGGCGGAGUCCAAGGCGAAGUAAGGAUAGGCGCAGACCGUCUAGGAGUGCAUCUCCAAAGAGACGCAGAAGUAGGAGCAAGUCCCCUUUUAGGCAUGAAUUUUGCAGUAGUGAUAAAAUGAGAAGGGGAAAACUUCACCUUUCCGAAUGCUUCGACUUCAAGAGAGGCAAAUGCUACCGUGAAGCUUCAUGUCGGUAUUCCCACCAUAAUUCUGAUAAUAAAAGCGACAGAUCUCAAUCCUACUGGAGUAGGGAGCAGCAUCGGCUCAACUUGCCUAGUUCAAGGAAUUCUUGCUUAUUACAUGAAGAGGCUGAAAGUGUUCUACUUCAGAAAACUGUUGGCGAGAAUGAUAGUAAUAGUAAAACCAAAACCCAAGAGUUGAGUAUUAUUCAUGAAAUUCAUAAUGUUGGAGAAAAAGGGGAAACAGAAUCAGAACCUACAUCUCACCUGCAUGGAAAAGCAAGUCACGGAAGCCCUGUAGUUGAAGUUAAACGUGAGAUGCAUCUUACAGCUGCUGGUGUUACCUCAUCAUCACUUGAAACUACAAGCGAAAACUGUGAUCAGACUCGCCAAGGUGUUGUUUGUAAACCUACUAACGUAAUAGCUGAUCCUGCAAUCUCCAAACCAUCAAAUCUCGAGGUAUUAACAUCAACCCCAUUCCAGCACCUUCAGUUUCCCGAUAAUAAAGAAUUAUUAUCUUCUCCAAGUUUACCACAGCCACCAUCCCAUCAUUCCUUUUCUGCAUUUUCCUAUGCUCCAACCACAAUAUCUGCGCAACCACUGUUCAACACAGCAUGUGUUCAAAAUUUUCCUCCUUACCAGCCUCCAUUGCGUCUUCUGCAGUCUCAUUUUCAUGCACCUUUUAACAAUUCUUGGAAUUCGCACCUGCCAGCUAAACCACCACCAAAUUCAUCAUAUCCUGUUGUUCAAAAUGCAGUUGGGAACAGUUAUCUUCGACCAUGUGGUGCAACUCCAUCACAGUUUCAACAGAGUAUGCCGCUGCAAGAGAAUGGCUUUAUUAUUCCUCAGAAUUUUGUAUUGCCGAGUACUUCUCAGGUUAGCCAACUUCCGGCAUAUGGGCAUACUUGGUCAAGCAAAAAUGUUGGUGAUACUCUGCCUCAUGGUGAACUUCCUAUUCCAUCUUCCAAGAGUUAUCCUUAUAUGCAACAGCUCCCCUGUGGUCUCCCCAAUCAGUCUGGGGCCGCUAACGCAUCAGUAUACACUUCUGAUGUUCUUCUAGAUAGGAACCAGAAACCCAGUUUGCCUGAUUUUGGUGGAUCUAGAUUAUCAAGUUACUUCUAUCCUUAUGCGUCUAACUUUGAGCAGCCACUAGCCUCUAAGAUCAGGUCAGAUGCUCCCAUAGAAGGAAAAGACAUUCUUUCUAGUGACAGAAAUGGUGCUCCUUUUAGUCUGAACAAUGUACGAGCUGAUGGACAACCGACGGAAAGCCUUGGAUUACAAAAUACUUUACCAAACUCUGCCCCAUAUGAUCCACUGUUUGACAGCAUUGAGCCAUCUGCAAAUUCAUUGCAAAAACCUGGCCCUGUCCAAAAUGGCGAAACAACUUUUGACUCAAAUGUCAUGAAAAGGCCUAGCAGAUGGAGCAAAAGUGCAUUGGAUGUUGAAGAAAACAACACAAAUAAAUGUGAUGGAGCUAGUGGUAUAGCUGAUGCAUCAGCAGGCAAUGAUGAAUGUGGUGAGACAGCAGAUGGGGAAGUCGGGGCUGUUGAAAACAUAAGUCCAAGUGAUUCAAACGAUGUAGCAGACAUGGUCGAUGGAGAAAUAGAGAUUGAUAAUGUUGAAACAAGUAAAAAGAGCAAGGACUCCAGAGCUAUUAAACUUUUCAAGAAAGCAAUAGCUGACUUUGUGAAGGAGCUUUUAAAACCAUCGUGGCGUCAAGGUAAUAUGAGCAAGGAGGUUUUCAAGACCAUUGUCAAGAAAACUGUUGAGAAGGUGUCCGGAGCCAUGAAGAAUCGUAAAAUGCCCAAGUCUCAGGAAAAGAUUGACCACUAUGUUGAUUCUUCACAAAGGAAAUUGACGCAGCUGGUGAUGGGCUAUGUUGAUAAAUAUGUGAAAGCGUGAAUACCAACCGUUGUGGCAUAUACAGUUGAAGAUACAUAAAAUGUUGCCUGCAGCUGUUCUACCCGGCUAUAUAUAAAAAAAUAUGAUAUUUCACCUUUGAAAAUAUAGCUGACACUUGUGUCUUGGCUUUCUAUUGGUACCGGUACAUCGGCAAGCAAACCUAUGUGUGACAGUGAUGAGAGGGUGAAGUUAUUAUGUCUUAUAUACAGAUGUUGCUGGGAGUAAAUAGAAUGCAAGUGUUGUGGUAGACUGGUAGUGUUGUGUAUUGAGCUAGUGUUUCACAACUUGCGGCACAAGAUAAUGGUCCACCCUUUUUCACGGCUACAUAUAUAGGACCCAAUUAUCUUGCACCAUUUGUAUGUAAUUUGCUACUUCAUUUUAAUGUAUUUGUGUCUUCUUAAAUCAAUGCAGAAUACGUAUAUGUACAUAAUCUUUAACUGGCUUUGGAUCGUCUUGUAUCAACCAGUAUGUGUUGAGUUCGUUUCCCGUGACAGCCUCACCUUGAAACACUAGUAAUUGAUUUGUUUGGUACUUUGGUAUGAUAGUAAUUAAUGGCUUUACGUGCACAUUGGAUGAC